GGGGAAGGAAGAGUUCUAUAUUUAGAAACUGGAAAAUCCAAAUAUACGAACAGUUUCUAAAGUCGCGUAUUCUGAACGUUUUGCGUUGAAAUUAUCCGAAUUGCGUCACUUCAGAAGGUCAGAGAAUCAGAUGACAUAAUAUGGCCUACUGUAUUCUUUGGAUUUGUGUCUAUGUUGGACUAUCUGCCGCAGAGUACAACACAUGCCCCGCUGGCUCUUCUGAGACAAUAAGAGGUGUAUUCGGCACACCAAGAUAUGCUCAAAGGGGAAUCUGGCACGUAAUGACUUGCCCAGAAUUCCGCAGUGGUGAAACACUUGACGGUGUCAUUUGGUACAAAGGGGAAAGUAUGAGCGACCAAUCAAAAGUUCGUCUUAUUAGCCGCUACUUUGGCAAAGUCCUACCGGGCAAAGAUGGGUUUGAGAUAACAUUGGACUUUCGACUUAUUAUUCAAGACGUCGUCCAAGAAGAUGAAGGGAGGUACUUGUGCUUAGUUUCACCAUCUGAUUCGGGAAACAGAUUUGGACAAAUUGACAUAAAUGUUAUCGGUGACACCUUUCCACCGAGUAGCAGUGAGGAACUAUCUGCCGUCAGUUUCCAGCGAGGAGGUAGACAGAUGUUACCAUGUCAGUGUGCGUCAGAGUCACCGGACACACCAUCUGUAGUGUACUGGUCAAUGGGGGAGGGCGUCACUACAGAUACAGAGAUCAUUGGUGCACGUUUCUCUGAUGGCACCACCCUGCAGAUCCAACAUGGCGCUGAUUACAGCAUUGGUAGCGAUGCUUCACUUACAGUCAACUCCCUUACUGAUCUACAUGAUAACCAGCGAUUCUGGUGUCAUGCAUUCCAGUCAGAUGGGACUUUCAAAAAUUGCUACACUGAUGUUGACAUUAAAGGCGAGAAUGGUGCUUCUAAUGCCCUGAGAGCAUCUGAAACAUCUUUCUAUCUCCAAGAAGGAUUGCGCCAGAUUCUCCCUUGCAUUAGCUGGGCAUCAGGCACAGCAACCUGUGAGGUUCAGUGGCUGAAGGUUGACAACUCAGAUCAACUCCUCCUCAGUUACAAUCUGUCGACGAACCAAGUGCAAACUGCCACAGGUUUUAAUCUUGCCAUUGCUUUUGGUCUUGAAUUCGUCUCAGCCGCCGAUGUCCACGGUGGAAGGUACAAAUGUUCUCCCAUGGAUAAUGAGAAUGUGGAGGAAAUUGAUGUUCAUCUUAUAGGUGACCAAUUUCCACUGGACGAUGGUGAGGCGAUAAGAGGUAACACGAGCACCUUUGGACUCAAUAGAAAAUUGACACUUACCUGCCCAGCCACAUUGAACAUUUCCUUGACCACUAGAGCCAUUGUCUUGUGGUCAUACGGGAAACCUCAUGAAAAGACAACUACUGUUGUUGGUAAGCUGACUCUACCAGAUGGAACCAGGAACAUGUCUGAUCUUGGAGACAAGGGAUGCUUCGGCAUAACUUAUGAAGGUUCCCUUGUCCUUAACAAGUGCUCUCAAGACAGUGACGUCAGAUACUGGUGUCAUGUCUUUCCCGAUGGUGACGUGGUCGUCAGAUCAUACCAAGAUUUGGUAUCCAAAGCUGUUGACAAAUCAGAGCCUUUCAGCGUUGUUCUCAUGGUAACUCUGUGCAGUUUCAUUGCCAUGAUCAUCUUGGCAUGUGUUUGCAUUGUGAAAUGGAGGAGGUUUAAACCACUGCCACAUUCCGGCCAACGGAUUGAAGAAUACAUGAGUGUUCCAAAGAUGGAGGAUGAUUAUCACUUGGACUUAACAACGUUGAUCUCAGAAGUCAAAACGUAUGUGAAAAAGGAAUUGAGUAUACUUCCUAUUACGCCCUGGGCAUGGGAUGAAGUAGAUAAGGCAGACAUGGAUGGCCUAUAUACCCCUCCAGACCUAUUUGUCAAUGUUCACUCGCAGGGUGGUGGGGUAAGGUACAAAUUAAAAUCAGAAUCUGAACUAUUUACUGAUUGCAUCUCCCACUUUGCGAGCGAUCAUGUUCUCAUCCAAGGCUUAUCAGGUAGUGGUAAGACAACUUUCGUGCACAAAGUAGCAACUGACUGGGCCUUGGGGAGAGAACAGACGCUGCUUGGAAAAAAGAAAGUUGUCUUUGUUUUACCCGUAAAGAUCCUCACAACAGCUGGAAAAGUGGGCGAGGCUGUUGUUCAGUACAUCCUUUUGAAGGAUGCAGAAAUAUCGGCUGACUCAAUCAAUAAAUAUUGUAAAAGGAAUCCUAGUGACGUGGCCAUCGUUGUGGACGGAUGCAAGGGUGAAAAUGACAUAAAAAAUGUCUUGAAAAUCAUAAAAGCUAAUGAUCUUCUUAAAUGUCAGCUAGUGAUGACCAUAAAAGAUGCGAAGCCCCCAGGUAAAUUGUGUCAAGAGGAGAAAUUGAGGUGUAUUACGAUCACGGGUUUCUCCAAAGCAAAUGCUGAAGUUUAUGUUCAAAGACUCCUACAAAAAACUCCAGCACUUAUCCGCACUUCUCAAAUGAUCGGAACAGCUUCUUUUAAAGGCAGCCACGAGAAUGUGGCGAAAGAUGAAACAAAUUUAGAUGAUAGGGCUCACAAGUACAGUACCAAUGGCAGUGCCUCCUACGCUGGGGCUAAACAAACAGUACAAAGUUCCCAGGCAACUGAGUCAUCUCCACUGCCGACCGCUGAAACAGAACUACUGUCGCAGAACUCUUGCGAUCUGCAAGAAAGCGAAGUCAUCGGCGAAGAAAAAAAUACCAGCAAAAGCAGUGACUCGCCACAAAUUAAAAAUUUAGAAGUGGCACAGACUGGAGACGCUGGUGACUCAUCUAGCAGUGACUCUGAGGCAACACACCAGGGUCAUUACUCUGAGGGUGCAUCUGCCGGGACAGAUCAGAACAGACUUCUUGAUUAUUUACAAGCUGGCUUUCUUACUGCUGAGGUGAAAUGUCUGCCAGUUUAUCUGUCAGUUCUUUGUCGGUAUUUCUUUUUGACAAACGGUAGGGCUUUCAAGGAAUUUCAUCCUAUGGGUAGCUUGUUCUUUAGGUUGAUGAGGCACAUUUUGAAUACGAGUAGCUCUGGCGUGUUGAAAAGAGGUUUAGGUUUUAGGUGGAUUAAAGGCAAAACAAGGGUUGGAUACCAGACGAAAUUCACAGAUGAUCAGUUACUCUUGAUUCAAGGACUUGGAAAAGUGGCAUUCGAACAAAUAGAAAAAUGUGAAAAACCAAUCACAUUUAAUUCAGGAGAUUUUGAGCAGUCAAUUAUCAACUUGGCUAAACAAACAGGAAAGCUCAGCUCCGAUGAUCAGGAGCUUCGUGACUUGGCACAGACUUAUCUGAACGGAGCCAUUAAAAUGGGAAUUCUGUGCCGCACCGAACAGGCGCUUGCAAAGUCUGACAACGACAGAGGAGCACACAAGGACGAUUCUUCAGAGUCCCUAAAUUGCAGUGUGUCUUUCGUUUUAGAGAUAUUUGAAGAUUUGUGCGCCGGAAUCUACGUCAAUUUGAUCCGUGAACAAAAACAAUUGCUUGUUGGAAAAAUAGUCGAUCUUUCUGUCCAUGAUCCUAAAAAAGAGAGCGCAAUUAUCUUUGCCAGUAAGAAUCAACACGGGAUUAAAGUAACAUUCGCCGAGCUUGAAAUUCAACUCAAACGUCCCAUGAGAAGUCCGGGGGCGUUGGCAACUGCCUUACGGUUUCAGAAAAUAGUUAACUUUGCUCUCCAACUGAUUUUCGAAGGUAAGCAGAAAAAUGAUCCAGACGAAAUGUUGCAUUUUCUUGGACUGAAAGGAAAAGUCUGCCUCAUUGGUAUCUCCAGUCACAAGAUUCGAUGUCUGUCGUAUUUUCUCAGACAUGCUAAAAAGUCUUUCCUAAAGUCAAUAGAGUUAUUUCGCAUCGAGAGGGAUGCAUGGCCCAAACUCGAAGAGUAUUUUGACCGUGUUGAGCCUGGAGUCUCAGAGAGCAUUAGGAAGACCACCUAUAAGACCCAACUGGACCCUGAAACAUCAAAACAGGUACGUGAAAAAGUGCAGUCAAGCAGCAAAGACCUGCCUAUGUUUCCUUCUGACCAGUCGGAUACAAGUGUCCUAGAUACCGUCCAAUUGUUUGAUCUACAAGAGCUCGUUGAGUCUCAGUUUGGUGAAUGUCAUUCAUCCAGUGCAGGAAGAAUUUUAGUUCAGUCUCUGCUUCGUCAUGAGAAGCUUGAAAGUAUCGUACUUAAUGGAACGAUCCUCAGUUCAGAGAACCUGUUUGCUUUGGUCGGCGGAGUUAACAAACUCAAGCAUUUGCGGCAGCUAGAUCUCCGCUUUAACAAGGAGUUCGAUGACGACGCUUUCAGACAGGUAGCGAAAGCAUUGAACGGUUGCAGAUCUUUGAUCGACCUUAGGUUAUCUCUGUACAAAGUCACUGUGAAUGGAUUUCAAGAAGUUGGGAAGGAAAUGCAAGCGUGGAGAAGACUGGAAAAGCUGUACCUCCUGCAUGGCACCCCGUUGAACUGCUUUGUGGAGUUCCUGUCAAACAGUUUGCGAUACUUUGAGGGGACCAAAUGCAUCCAUAUUUCAUGCAGAGACACAGGAGAAAAACUACCGUGUGCCACAGCAGAUACAUUUAUGAGGACUGUUGAUGAUCCACACACCUUGCCUCAUCUUAGAGAGCUUGUCAUUUGUAACAUUGGGGAAUUAAAGCAAUGGGCGAUUCACCGAGGGCUCCAAGGACCACAGUGAUAACUCCACGGCUUCAACGACAACAGGCCUGACGCCUCAAAGUUCCCGAGUCAACGUGGAUGAUGAUGAAUCCAUCGACACUGCGGCUAAGGCACUGGAGUACUUUCCGAAAGAUUCCUGUGGAACUGCUGCAGAGUCAAAGGUAUAGUCCAGAAUUAACUCUCUAACAUUCUAUAAUCAUUUGCAUUUUCGUCAGCUUUGAAGUGACAAACGAAAGCAUUACAUUUCUUCCGUCUAAGUGACGACGUCAUCGAGUUAUUUUUUUAGGAAGGUAAUAUUAUAUUUAGGAGGACACUGCAUUGAAUUCAACUAAUAUGCACAUGUAAAAUAUAUUUCAUGGCAUUUAAACUGCUACCGUUUUCACAAAGAGGAGAAAUAUCAAACAAAAAUGUUUGCAUUACGUAGCAAUGACUUCCUGGAAAUAAAACAAAACUAAAGGUGGCUUAUUGAUUAAUAGGGCUGCUGAUGAUAAAGACUUUCCGAAUUUUGAUAACCAGAAUUGAUUUCAGCAGUGACAGACCCGAUCAUUUCCAGUAAACGGGGUUCAUCACAAAACUCAGUAAAAGAUGUCAAGAGUAAAUAAUAGCUAAUAGAUGAUAAUGAGAGGUUGCGCCAAUUCAGUCUACAUUGACGUUCUAGGCGCUUUACCAAAGAUCAUAAAAAAAACUUGUUACAAAAAUUAAAUCAACAAUUAGCAAUUUACGAACGAGCUCAACCAAAAGAACCAUUACAGCGACAUUACACCUACAAGUUUGCAACUUGUAGGUGUUAAUACAGAAAUCUCACCUGCAGAUGGGAAUCGAAGGCCAACUGCCCCAUACGCUUACAAAAACAAUUAAAUGAUAAAUGGAAUUAAAAGCUAAAAAUUGCAGACUUCUGUACACCAUGAAACUCAUUGUUUUUUCUGUAUGUAUCGAUAUUAUUCUUCAAGAUAUACACAUGGUUAAUAAGUAUUAUUUGGAAUGUUCGAACCAGGCGGUUGAGGCACAGGGAAAGGUCACAACCUUGUCAUUAAGGAAAAUUCUGGUUAUUUCUGAUACGGAUAGGUCAUGCUUGAUUAUUAAAGUCUGGUAAUGAAACCAAGGAUUCCUCAAAAGUGCCUUAAUUAGUCAGUGUAGAUAAAGUUUCAGUGGUGGGAGGAAAACCCCAGGAAAAAAUUUUGGGUAAACUCCACAAAAUUGGGUAGGGACUGAAAACCCCAAUCCACCUGUGGACCAAGCCGGGAACCGAACCGGGGCCGUAGAGGUGAAAGGCGUGUAAAGACGUACUACGCAAACCUAACUCCCCGACCCGUCAUCCACAAAUUCCGAGUAGAAAAGCGUGUGUAAGUGGAGUUAUUCAUGCUUUAGUAUCAUGGAUCUGAUUUACGCUGUAUUUUCAUUUGACAGACUAAAUUCCCUUGAAAAAGGUAAUUUGCGUUGUCAUUAUUUAGUAUUCGUCAUCUGGCCUUCAUUUGCUCUGAACAAUUCCUCCUGGUUUCUACGAUAAUAUUCUAGAAGGAAAGAAAUUAUAUUUUUUUAAUUUCUACAAUGCUAACCGGUGAUUUUUUUAAUAAUUAUUUUGUUUUUAUAUUUUGAUAGUGCAGAUAUUGAAAUUUGACGUCUAUAGUUUGGUAAUCAGAUAAUAUAGAGUUUUCCAAAAAAUCUUGACUAAAGGGCAGUUUUAUCAAGUAAUUGUCUUUUUUUAUAUCUAUACUUUUUUCUAACGAUUUAAUCAUCUUCAAAGAUCAUUGGCGGUCCCUUGCACGGUACGAUGUACGAUAAGGAAAAUAUGAUCAGGAUUAAACCAAAGAGAAAUAAAAUGCGAGUUUUUUAAUAGCACGAUUCAUACUAACCACCGCCUGUUAUAUUUGAUCAGAGAAUAGAAAUGUUUGACUGUACAAAAAUUAAAGCCAAGUUUAUCUGAUAUGAAUAUUAGAAAGAGGAUACUAUUAAUAUAAAUGUGUAGAUGUGCGUGUAGUCUCAAGCGCAACAUGUGACAUUUCUCGGAUUUUUACUACCCACAAUUUUCCUGUUGUCACCACCAUACUAUUACUAUUUUAAUGGGGGGGAGCUGUUAUUGACAUUAUUACUUUACAAUAUCACAUCACAAACCAUAUUCAAUUUUUAUAUUCAAUAUCAUAAACAUGCAAUUAAUGGCUAGAUUUUGUGUGGUAUCCAUAAGACUCAACACAGAUAAAUCAGCUGUUACACUCAGUGAGAAUAAAGGAUGUUUAUCAUACAUGAAACGAUAUCACAAGGAGGAAAACGGUGGACAGGUUGCAGAUGCAUGAACGCUGUAUUCCUGCCAUGUACAAAUAUCCUGACUUGAUACAGGCGAUAAUUAAAGAGAAUAGUCCGCCUUUGUGAACAAACAUUUAUUUUUCGUUGUGAGGAAUUCUACCAAUUCCCUUGCUAAAACAUUUUCACAUCUAGUAUAUAACGAGUGUGGACACCUCCAUUCGGCCCACGGAGUAGCAUAAUUGUUCCACAUAUAUAUCACUGUUGCACCGUUUUAGUAUCUGUGAUGUUUACCUAAAUUAGCUACCUACGUUUGCAGUUGUAUACCUACUGAAACAGCAUUUGCACAACUUCGAUCAUUAGUGUGAAUAAUGUAGUAAAAACAUGCGAUCAUUCACUAAAGGGUAUUAAUGUGAUUUCAAGAGUUAGAUAGAAUUUCAGGCUAUUCAUGUUGAAGGGACGGCAAUAGGUGGAAAAGCUUUCGGAUAUAUUCCUUCGCAUGGUGCUAGAGCAAGCCUUUCCACCUGUUUCAAGAGUUAUUCAGAAUGUUACAAUUAUAAUGGAUUUGAAAAACAUACCGUCUUAAAUGAAAUUUUACAUACAUUUCAUCUGGAUCCAAGCACUUUUACUUCCUUUACUUGUAAGACAAAAUACUGUUCAGUAUUGCUGGGGAAAGCUUACUCAUGGAAUGCCAAUUUGAGACUUCAAGUGCAUUUAAAUUACAGAUGAUCGAAAUUCAUUGAAAGGAAGAGUUAUAGUUUAUGUUCCCUAGAUAAUGUCGUUUUUCGUAAUUUUUGUGUCUUUAUAUAUCUGUAACAUUACAGAUUUCAGUGCAUGUGAAUUAUUUUUAAAUUUAAGACAUCUAUUAACGUGAAACUAUAUCAAGAUGGAUCCAGCAGGUCACUGAGGCAUAUCAGUUGGGCACAGGUUGGGCGGGGUGAGGUGGUCGAGGGUAUGGGAGACCCAUAGGCAAAACUAAUUACGUCCUCUUAUAUAUAAGUAGAUAAUGAAAUUUUUGUACAUAAAUUAAAUCACAGUUAGUUAGCUGAUUUGAAUAUUUAAAAAGAGGAAACUCUGAAUGUAAAUGUGCAAAAUUCCUCUGUUUGGUUUUUAUUUUGCCUUUUUUAUGUCAUGAGCAUCACAUCAUGCUUUUGCAGUUAAAAAUCAUGGAGCACGCUCCAGUUUUUACUUUAGAGUAUCAUGUCUUAAGUCAUACUCUCAUCAUAAAUGGCUUUUACCAGGAGUAUGUUUUUAUUCUGCAUAAUAGUAUGGGAAGAUUUCAACUUUUUAAAGCCUAUUUUUCACUUUUGUCGAUAAUUUCAAAACUUACAUUUUUGUUGUAUUAUGUCUGUCUAUUCAUGUCAUAAAAAUGCAGUUAAAGACUACAGUUUUUGCUUUCUGCCUGAAGGUUUGCUCUUAUCCUUUGACUAAAGCUUUAAAAUGCGAUUUGAGAUCUAAACCUCAGCGUAUCACCAGCGAAGGAUCAGGAGCGUAUCAAAAACAAAGCACAGCAAUACGGAAGAAACAGCCUUAUAUAAUAUCAUUACAAAUGUAAAAACAUAGAGUUUGUUUCAAUAGACCCCUGUAUUAAUACUUUGUUGUUGUUAACCUUAGACCCCACUGGCUAUACAGGGAAGUGCAUACAUGUAGGCCGACGUACACAAAGCUCGCACUGUAGUCGGUUCUAUUCAUACGGCAGGUAAAUAACUUUCGGGAUAAGGUCAUAUUUUUGUGUGAUUCUUUGAUUUUCAGUACGAUUAUUUGUCUUUAACAAGUUAAUUUUGCUGUGAACAUUUUACAGAGUUAAGCAAGAUUUAACUAUAGUAUACUGAGGUUGGUAUCGUGAAAGCCAACUAUACGUUGUAACGAAAAGGAAGCACAAAAUAUCCACCGUUUUAGAAUUAUACUUUUGGAGUGUUUUGUUUUUGCCAAGCAAGGUGAACGUUGUUUUCCUUCGUUUCAUUUUUGACCCUUUUAUUUCUGUGUAGACUAUAAUCUUAUAUACUCUUAGCAGGGAAAUUUGAAUGUCUUACUAUAUGCAUCCUUUUCGUUACUUGAGAUAAACGAUGGCCAGGUGGUAAUGAUUGACGUCUUAACUAAAUGGCCAACGAGUAUCCCAAUGGAUUAUUUUCAGUCUUGAACAAGCAUGUUUCUGUGGUAUGAGACGCAGUGGGGACUGUUACCGUGUUAAUAGCAUGAAACCACCUUCCUUCCACUGGGAACGCGUGGAUAACAAAUGUUUCUGAUACUCAAGAGAUUCAAUAAAAGUUAAAUUUGUUGAAAUCUGC